GAGAGAUAAAGGCUUCAGUGUAUUUACUUUAAACGACAGCUUCAUAUUGUUGUCACACGAUUUAUUUUCUACCAUAAAAGCUACCAAUUUUGAUGCACCCGCAGUUAGGAAGUCAUGAACGCAAUAAACACGCGUCGACUGAAGCUUAAGGUCGUCGGAGACACCAAUGUUGGUAAAACCUGCAUUUUGUAUCGUUGGUUCUUAGAAAGCCAGUCGCCGCAAGACGUCUAUACCGUGAUGCCAAAGAGCAUCCCUCCCGUGCAGGAGUCGUUUUACACAAACUUCUCCUACGACCGAGUGAACUAUAUAGUGACUUAUUGGGAUACAUGUACCCUUGCCAGGACUGAGGAACUCGACUUGUCCAAGCUACGGCCGUUGGAGUAUCGCGACACAGACGUUUUCAUAAUAUGUUUCGAUAUCACCAACCCCACCUCCUUCCAGAACGUCUCCACAGUCUGGGUGCCUGAGCUGAAGCACUAUAUGCCAGAAACGCCAGUUUUAGUCGUCGGGAAUAAGAAAGACAUGCGGACGAACACAAGCUUUUUGCCGUGUAUGGUGAGCCCUUCUAAAGGUGAGGAACUCGCUGCACGCUUGGGAACCGUUUAUCGAGAGAGCAGUGGGUACACUGGGGAGGGAAUCAGAGAAGUUGUCGGAACAGCAGUACGACUUGCUGUUCAACAUCGUCUGCAGACACAGACGAACAAAAAACGAUUUAGAAUGUUUAGACGGUCUCCAUCGAAACUUUGUAACCAUCAUCCAGAGCCGCCUCUUCUUCCUGUUCCUGUACCAGCGCCAGAAAUUAAAGUCGAGGACUCCAAGUUUGCUGAGGACAUGAAAUGUAUGUUGGACAGAUCUACUUGCUACGACGUGUCAUUUCGCUUUGGUUCUAACCUACCACUUUUACAAGCGCACAGAUUUGUGCUUUCAAUCGGCAGCGAGUGGUUUCGAGACUUCUUCGAGAAUCAAGACCACCUUCAUAAAAACCAAACACAUCGGACUAUUGAUAUACACUCUUCUACCCACGAAACACAGGAAAUAUCGGAGAGCCUACGUUUACAUACUUCGCCCAUUUAUGCCCAGCCUAGAUCAUUCACUCACUUGAUACGAUUUUUGUACCUCGGACAAUUCGACGUUUUUGAUAAAGGCUUGGUCUCUGAGGUAUUAUCAACCCUAAACUGUGUGCACAUAGCUGAGCUGAAAGAGAUAUGCACGAAUAUACUUAAUAAUGAAGACUUUAUGAACAAAGACGUUAUUGAGAGCUUUAUUGAAAAGAAAUCAAAGAUAGCAAAGGAAGUAUUUCUGAACAGACCUUUGAUGUCCGAUGUUGUGUUCAGAGUGGAAGGGCUUCAAGUGCAUGCGCACAAGGCUAUCAUCAUGGCACGCUCCGAGGUUAUGGCGGCCAUGUUUGGUGGCAGCUUCGCCGAAAGCUCAAACGAAGAGAUAAAGCUGAAAGACACACCGCUAAAGGCGUUCAUUGGACUGCUUGAGUAUCUGUACACAGACAAACUAUCGCCACACGAGAGUCUCGGCGAGGACAAACAGCUUUUGACCCUGGCUGAUAGGUUUUGUCUGAACCGAAUGAGGAGCCUUUGCGAGCGACGUAUAUCCGAACAUCUUAUCGCGAGGGUGAAAAAGCAGAUGAGCGUGGACACAGAAACAUGCGAGGAAGUCAUCGAUGCAUACCUUCUUUCUCAGGCUCUUAAUGCCGAUCAGUUGCACCGUUCAUGUGCUUACAUCAUGAAAACAAAUUACGCUGACUUCGAGUUCAAGGAAGUUCUAUCCCAGCUCAAACCUGCCGACAUCCAGCAUUUAACGGAACACAGAUGGCCGCCCUUGUCGUUUUUUCGACAGCUAGAGGAAUACAAGAAGAAAACCGGAAGACAUUGAAUAUUCAAUUGUUUAACCGAGUAUCAUUUGUAGAUUCACGUCAAUCUAACACCACGUUAUUUACGAGACAACCAGAUCUACGAAAAACAUUUUCCAGAGUAUAUUUGUAACAAAUAUAGAAAAGCAUUGUAGUUUCGCAAAUGUAAAUAAUGUCUAAAAACAGCUAAAUAAAAUGCUAAUAACCGGUAA